CUCGAGACAAAGACACUGGCAGAGCAAUAGUAGAGCAGAAUCAUCACUCACUCGCUCUUGAGUCUUGAGUCCUGAAGCUCAAGCUCAAACCAAACCUCCUCUAAACCUCAUCUUCAUUCUGCAGCUGCACGCGCGGCGGCUGGAAGAGGAACCAAUGCCGCCGCCGCCGCCGCCAUCUACCUUCUUCCUCUUCCUCUUCCUCCUCCUCCAAACCACCUCCGCCACCCAUAACCUCCGCCUUCUCCAAUCCGCCGACGCCGCCGGAAUCCCCCCUCCGCCGCCCCCUCCCCCUCACCGGCACCACCGCAACCCACCUCGCCAUCCCCCUCCCCCACCACCUUCAUCAACCUCCCUCCCGCCUCCGCCGCCGCCCACAAAUCCCGCCUCCUCACCGCCAACAUCCGCUCCGGCUCCGACAACCCCGCCGCCGCCGCCGCCAACGCCCAAGUUCACCUCCUCCUCAACCACGCCGCCCACCCCGCCGGACAACGGCGGCUACCCCUUCACCAACAACCCCUUCUUCCCCACCACCUCGUCGCCUCCUCCUCCCGACCAGCAACAGCAGCAGCAGCCCGCAUCGGGGAACGGCGGCUUCCCGACCUUCCCGGCCAACAUCUCCACCCUCCAACCCCCGGACGCAUCUUCCUCCACCAACCAUGGCCGCUUCCCGCUGCUGCAGGCGCUCCUCCUCGCCUUCCUCUCCCUCUGCCUGCUCCUCCUCUCCGCCCUCCUCUCCAUCCACCUCUUCCGCCGCCUCCGCCCCCGUUCCCCGCCUUCUUCCUCCUCCGCCGCCUCUUCCUCGCACCGCUGCAACGGCAACGACGAGGAAGAAGAAGAAGAAGAGGGGCGCAGCCUGAAGCCGCCGCCGAUGCCGACCUCCUCCUCCAACCCCAGCACCGAGUUCCUCUACCUCGGCACCCUCGCCACCCCACCGACGAACCCCCGCCCGGGCUCCCCGGAGCUCCGCCCGCUCCCGCCGCUGCCCCGCGUCGGCCCGCCCUCCGGCGAGUUCGCAUCCCGCACCUCCGCCUCCACCGCUCCCCGAGACGACAACACUGCCGCCUCAUCCUCCUCGCUCUCCCCUUCAUCGCCGUCGGCCACUUCGCCGACGCUCGGCUCCAGCCCCGUCAGCAUUCGCCCGCCGUCCAUCCCGCAGCCCCGCGGCCGAGCUCCUCCUCACAACCCCUCGCCGCCGAAGCGAAGGCCGCCGCCGCCGCCAAACGCCUGGAACCCCUUCCUCGCCCCCGCUCCUCAAGCUGCUGCUGCUGCUGCUUCUGCCCCCUCGGACGACGACAGCUCCAUUGCCGCCGCGGAGGACAUGCGCAAGUCACGGCCUCUGCACUCCGACAAGCUCAAGCCCGGAUCUUUGCACAUGAAGGAUGAGAUGAUCAAGUUAUACCUGAACAACUCGGCGUCAGCGGCGAGGGAGGUGUGUUUGCUCGGCGCUCCGAGGUGUCACAGCAUUGGGAUGCUGCUGGGCUCAUUGGGUGUUUCCGAGGAGCAAUUGUGCGACGCUCUCUUGGAAGGCAAUGCACAUGGUUUGGGAGUAGAAGCAUUGCGGAUGCUCUCUCAGUUGGUUCUCACCAAUGAGGAAGAGCUUAAGCGGAGAUACUCCAAGGAUGAUCCACCUGCCAAACUCUGUGUAGUGGAUGCUUUUCUGAAGACAAUACUGGACAUACCAUUUGCAUUCAAGAGAGUGGAUGCUAUGCUCUAUGUUUCUAAUUUUUAUCUGGAGGUCAAUCAGCUGAGGAUGUCCUAUGCUACUCUUGAGGCAGCUUGCCAGGAGCUGAGGAACAGCAGGCUAUUCCACAAAGUUCUUGCGGCUGUUUUGAACUUUGGCAACUUGAUGAGUAUCAACAUAGGUUCUCCAAAUUCACACGCCCUGGAGCCCAACACGCUUCUGAAGAUAGUUGACGUCAAAGGAGCCGAUGGGAAGGCUGCGCUCCUGCAAUUCGUGGUCCAGGAAAUUCUGAGACCUGAAGGACACAAUCUGAACCCGAUGUACUCGGCGUCAGCGACAUGCAAAACUAAUGCAAGCACUCUGACCUACAACGUCGACAGCAGGAAGCAUGGCCUACAGGUCGUCUCCAAACUUGCCGCCGAGCUGACCAACACGAAGAAGGCCGCAUCCAUCGACAUAAUGAGCCUCAGCAGGAACGUGUCGGAGCUCGGGGUCGGUCUCGGGAAGGUCCAUGACGUGCUGAGGCUAAACGGCAUGGCUGCUUCGGCCGAGAGCGCCAGGCGGUUCCACAACGCGAUGAGCACAUUCCUGAGGCAGGCGGAGGAGGAGAUUCUGAAGCUCCAGGCCCAGGAGAGCGCCUGCCUGUCUUUGGUGAAGGAGAUCACUGAGUACUUCCACAGCGACCCAGCCAGUGACGAAGCUCAGAUGUCCAGGAUCUUCGUCGGCGUCAGAGAGUUCCUGGCUAUGCUCGACAGGAUCUGCAAAGAAGCCGGGGAGAUUGACGACAGCGGCCGCAUCGGUUCGACGACGACCAUGAACUGGAUGGCUGCGCCCAUGGGGAUGACGCCUUAAACCUCUGGUCUUCUGGGGUUCUCUUGGGGAAUUACUAUGGCCAUCUAUUCCUGUACGAGAUACUUAUGAACUUGUCUAGUAUUAGGAUUAUUAUGUUUUCUAGUGUAGAUGAGAACAAUGUUAAGCCUCUAUAUAUAGUGUAAGGCAUGUUGAACAUGCUGGGCUUGUAUAAAGAUCACUGGUAAGGUUAUUAUUAGGCUCAUGCUUUCUCGGUUACAGGUAA